GAAUGUCGGUUUCCUCAGAUACUGGACAGUUUCGAAUCUUCCUCUGUUUCUGCUCGCUAUCCCCAUGUUGGUCCUGCUUUGUCGGUCCUCGCUUUGGGCACUGAACAGGUCAUCGAUUCAGUCCAAGGACCGCUCGUCUCCAAGCACCAAAAACUCUUUAUUAAUACGACUAGCUGUCCCCCAGGGCUUACUUGCGGUAUUGGCAUUUACCAGUUACCAUGUUCAGAUCAUCAAUAGGGUAUCUUCCGGGUAUCCUUUAUGGUACUGGUAUCUCGUAUCGCAAGUUCUGGGAAGCCUGGAGGGCUCCAAAGAUGCCAAACCAAGACGCAUCUUUGCGAUUGCUGUCCAAAGCAUGGUCAUCUAUGCGUUUAUCCAAGGCGUUCUUUUUGAGCUCUCCCAAAUCCCACAUCACCUCCACCGCCUACCACCCAGCAACCGCCACGGCUAUCGCGUUAAUAUGGAUGGCUCAGCCCCCAAGGCGAUCUUAACGUCAGAGAAUUUCCAUAAUGUGCAUGAGAUUUCACGGGCCACCUCUCCGGGUGGUGAGCCCGCGGGGAUGAACGGGGGAGGCGAACAGAAAGCUCGGGUCCGCCCGCGUACCUAUCCAUACUUCAGAUACCUACCAUAUACGCCCGAAGAUGAACCAGAGAGAGAUCAAAACUUACGGGAGAUUCUCCGACAUCUGUAUAUCGCGGUAGAAGCGGGGGACUUCAGUCCUGGUGCUGUUCACUGGACUCGAGAACUCAGAGCAUGGCUAUCUCUCAAGUUUGAUCCAACUCGUACGGAUCGGAUCAAUCUCGUAAGACUGUACUAUGAGCUUUCGCUAGCCCCGGGGAUUGACCCCAAUGUCGCGGAGCGAUUUGCGAGCAUGUUCAUGUUCCUCACAAAACGCAAGCAUUACCUGAGACCGGUCAAAGAUUUGAUAUUGGAUUGGAAACCGCUGUACAAGGAACUCAAAGGCUUUGUCUUGCCUACGGAAUCGGGUCUGGUGCAUUCAACUAAUUUAAAGCGAAACAUCAAAACGUUGACGAAGCUCUGUGCCUUCACCCAGCUGUAUGUCGACCCGUGCGAGCUGCCAGCUAUGCUAGAGGAAUUCCUUCCACACUACACUACAUCUUUCUCCGAAGGUGCUUUUGUGGUCGCCGGUUUAAUCAAUUUGAUGCUUCCCACAUCUCCAGCGCCAGAAUCCCGGCAAGACCUGCUGCCGCAGAAUCACUUGCCGACACAUUUCCACCUUUGGUCAUUGGUUAGUCGGUCGAAGACAUUCGAUAUGACAUACCUUGACUACUUCUCUCGGCUGGCUCGGGAUUCCUUGCCCGCUGGUCAUAUCCCCUUCUCUGAGUACGGUAUCUUUACCAAGGAGCAGUCGUCGCUUGUUUUCACAGCUAUCCUACGAUUGCUGGAAAUUCCCGUCGGACAAUCGACAUCCCCUUACAGCGCUCUCGUAGAUAUCUCAUCCGGACUGGGUAUCAUGCUUGACAGAGACACACGCAAACAUCCCGUUGCUCAUCAUAUCGCUCGAUGGAUUGUGAUGUCGCUCUCGCCUGCCUGUCUUGAUGCCGAAGAGUCGAUUUUGACCCAGCUCGAGGGUCUUAUCCAGGCUGUAGAGACGUUCUUCCAUCCCUCUAACUCGGGCAGCUGGACAAAGACUCUGUCUCAGUUGGUGUACUACCUUUCAGACUUCUUCGUCAUGCGUUGGAACCGUGAACAGAGUGGAGAGUUGGAACUACCUGCAGAGAGAAGGCUGAAUGAGCCAUUGAAGCGCCGUUUUGUGAUGUGCUUGCGCGACGUGAUAUUCAUGGGUAUCUAUGCCAAGAGCGGCACAGCGAUGACCUUUUCUUUGUCUACAUUGCAGAGUCUGGCCUAUCUGGAACCGCAUCUCAUUCUCCCAGGAGCUUUGCAGAGAAUAUACCCGUCUCUACAAGGUCUUGUAGAGGUGCACCGUACAACGUCCUCGCUCCGGGCUCUUCAAGUCUUGUCGCGAAUUAUCACGCGAACAAAGGGAUAUCGUUGCCAUAUGACAACUCUCCUGGGACUCGCGCUACCCGGUGUUGAUGCCAAUGACCUCGAAAAGUCUCUUCAUGCGCUGUCGUUUAUCCAGUCGGCUUGCUAUAAUAUUCCCAUGGCCGAUUUGACCAAGGGCAGGGAAGAUGUCAACUGUAACAUGCUGGCAAUGCAAUGGAUUUCUGGAGAGAUGGAGAGAAUGGAAGAGGAAGGUGUUGAGGUUCAGCUAAAUUAUGACAAGGACUUGGAUGACGAGACUGAGGAAAUGAUCCUCCGUUCUUCAACAUGUGGGUUUGGAGACUUCAUCAUUUCUUUCUUGGGUCGUGUCUUCACGCUCUUGGAGAACUUGCCUGAUGUCACCCGGGUGCGAAACGGGUCUCCUGAAGAGAAUAUUGUAAACACUCUUCCUGCAACCUUCAUGCCGUUGCUCUCGUCGCUCUCCCCAGAGUACUAUGACAUCGCCUUGACAAAGAUUGUCGACUUCGUCUCCAACCACGUUAUCCACCAGGCGCGAGAUGCUAUGGCCUUCAUAUGUAACUCCGUUUGCAAGGUCCACCCGGAGAAGGCUCUGAAGCGCUUCAUUCCGGUCUUGACACAGGCCAUCCGCACUGAAAUUGACGACAAUGGUGCAGGCUCUACUAGAACAACCGGAACAGACGUUCUCCCUCGUGACCGUGGCCUGGUCUGGAAUGUCAGCAUGCUGAGCAUGUGCGUUGUUCAUGUUGGAGAUUCUGUUCUAGCCCACAGAAAAGAGCUUUUCGACAUUGCCGUCUACAUGCAGCAAAAGUGCCGAGGUAUUCCGACCGUCCACAUCUCGAAUUUCAUUCAUCACCUUCUUCUUAACCUCACGGGCACCUACACCACCGAUUACUCCCUGUAUGAGCCUGGCGCCGCCCCCAAUGGAAUGCAGCCUGAGCUUUGGAGUUACCAGCCAGACCCGAACAACUUGACCAUGAAGUGGCAUGUGCCGAAGCGCGAAGAACUCGAGUUCGCCGUCGAACUCUUCCAAAAUCAAUCUGAAGCGGCACUCGAUCAGCUUAGCGCAUUGACCAGUGAUACAUCCACAGUCAAGCGUGAUGGAAGUGGUAAAGAUUGGUCAGACGAAGUCACCCGAAACCUUGUUCUGUUGCGGUUGAUCCUCUCUGGUAUCUCUGUUCUCUUCGAUUCCAAAGCAGCGGCGACCACAAAUAACAGUGAAACAAACAAGUCAUCUGCAAUAUCAAAUGAUGUAGAAAUGACGGACGACCAAGAAGUUUCUAAUGUCGAUGGCGAGGACCCCGACGCGACACUCGAUAGCUCCGAUGACGCGGUAAUCAGGGAUAGCUUCUCGUAUCCCACCGGCUAUCCGCUACAAGAAAACGAUCCUAUGUACAUUACCAUCCAUGGGAUUCGGGAAAGAGCCGGCUGGGUCCUGCACGAAGUGCAUAGGUUCUUGACAGAUAAACAAGAAGAUGAUGUGCCUUGCUUUGGAGCUUUGUACUCAGCUUACAGGUCCUGGUUCGUCGACGUUGGCAUAGAACGCUCUGCACACGUCCUGGACAGGGUAACACGACUUCUUGCUGCGGAUAUCCAUCCUUAUAAGAUGAGUGGUAUUCGCAAGGAUUACCCACGCCCACUGCUUAUCCGAAGAGCCAAUGUAUACCACUUGCAACGCUUGAGGCACAACGCUGCACCGAGAUCUCGCUCUCGACUGGAUGAGAUCUUGCUCUUAGAUAUUGCGGAGUCCUGCGUUUCUGUGUACACGGAAACCCGUCGCAACGCUCAAAGCGCCGGAGAGUCGGCUCUCAAGGUUGUUUACGGUUCUCGACUUCUCGUGAUCCCACCUUUGCUCAAGGCACUGCAGAAGGGCGUGAAAGAGAAUGACCAUGCACGAAUCAAGGGUGCACUAUUCUCUCUGCUGUUGAGUAGUGUUGCAAAAACCGUUGGACGGCAUUGGAAGUAUGCGCCAACCUUGAUUAGGACUUUCAUCGAUGCUAGUGCGGUCGAUAAGCCCUCUGUACAAAGGAUUUGUUCAAGCACAGUAUUCCAAAUUAUGGACUACGGUCGUUCCAUGGAACGAAUGGCUAUUUUAGACCGGGAUCUCGUCGAGGCUAUUGCUCCCAAGGAGGAUGUCAAUGAACAAAUUCUACAAAAGCGUAACAACGUUAACAGCAAGCGAGUUGUCAUUGAGAAAAAGAAGGCCGACUUGGCAGAAGAGCUGGUCAAUCUGGCGAGAGUAUCACACUGGAAGGUUGCUAGUCGAGCAGCCACAAUUGUGAUCACUAUGGGUCUGAGAUUCGAUUAUAUCGCAAGUGAGAAUCUCAUCGACCUGGUCACUCAGGGAUCAAUCGAUGAUCACCCUGGCUUGCGUGGCAUGUACUCGCAGGCGCUCAUUGCGUUAUUCACAAUGAUAGACGUCCGUGCGAUAUGCAGCCAUGACUACAAGAACUACAUUCUGGGCGAACAGAACUUCCCUUCCAAGAUUCAGGUAGCAACCAAGCGAUACGAGAAGGGUUGGACCCAGGAGUACUUGGCCAGCUUUGCCAACCCAGAGGCCGAAUACUACGUCGACCAUGAUUUCCCCGGAUGGCUUGUGUGGGGUGAGAGUAUGCCUGCAUACAAGUCGAAUGUGAAGCGUGACAUCGAGUAUGAUGAGAAGGAAUGGAGUGUGCGAACCACUAUGGGCAAGCUAUUCGACCGACAGUGGUUUUCCAAGUUCUUCAUGUACCUGAAGCAAGAGCCGCGCGAUCCUUCUGCUGAUAAGUUCCGUAUGCCCUGCGCCAUGAUGCUCCUGUACGCCUUCGAAUUGAUGUUCCGAGAUGGUUUGACCGCUGCUACCUUCAAGGAUAUUCAAGAAGAGAUUGAAGCUGUCUUUGAGGAUGGCAGUGACAAGCACCAGCAUAGAGCAACUUCGGAAAUUCUCGGUGCCCUAGUGAGCUCUGUCACGGAUACAAGUGUGGACAAGCGCACUUUGGUGUGGGAAUAUGCUUUCCCAAUUGUGCGAAAGAUCUUCACCGACGGGCUGACCCCGGAGAACUCUGGCUACUGGACAACGUUCCUUCACAUGAUCUUGCAAUGCCGUGACCCACGACGGGCCUGGCCGCUGGUCGACUGGCUUGCCAGCUUCCGACUGGACAUGACGACAAAUGCAGCAUUCAAGGAAAGCUCCAAGAUUAACUUGCUGCAUCAGUGCAUCAUCGAUGCUGGGUGGCACUUCCAACUUGACAAGCCAAUUGUUGAGGAUUUCCUUGCGCAUCUCGAUCAUCCAUACAAGGGUGUCCGUGAGGCAAUGGGCCAAACGCUUGCAACAGUCUAUCGCACGAGAUAUCACGAGUCGUACCCCGACGUCAAGCAGCUCCUUGAAGCACAGAAGGCAUCUUCUUCAGUUGGAACCUACCCAUACCUCCCGACUGAGGAGUUUACCACGAUGCUGCGUGAUGUCUUUAAGAGAAUCGAACAGUGGCGACACGAAAGAACGCCUGGUCAACAUACGCCCUCUUCCUACACGUCUGGUUGCAAGACUGUUCUUCUUUGGCUGGACUCUACUCUUUCGUCUCAUGAAUGUACUCAGCUCGUCUCCUUUUUCCCAGAUGUCUUUGUCGGGCAGCUCUUGCACAUGAUGGAUGUCAAGGAAGACCCAGAACUCCAAUCGCUGGCAUACCAUGUUUUCCGCCAUCUGCCCAACAUUCCUUAUCCCGCUGAGGAGAAUUCUGAUUUCAUCAAAUCGCUUAUCCACAUCGGACAGACCUCGCCAUCAUGGCACCAGCGGUUGCGAGUGAUGAUCAACAUUCAAAUCAUUUACUUCCGCCGACUCUUCCUGCUUUCUGUUCCUGAUCGUGAGAAGCUAUUCGAAUGCAUAGCAAGCAUGCUGCAAGAUCCCCAACAUGAAGUGAGAGCUGGAGCCUCGGCUACCUUGUCUGGUAUGAUCCGUUGCUCACCUGUGUCUCUUCGGGAGGACAUGGUUUCCCGACUUCAGGAGAGAUUCACAAAUAUCUUGGUCGAAAACCCUCUCCCUAAGAAACCGAAGAAUAUCCGUGGGGGUUUAUCUUCUGCGGUAUCCUCCGGGGCUGGCACACCAACUCCUGAACACACACGGCUCAUCAUCAUCCGCCAUGGUGCAAUUCUAGGACUUGGUGCGUUGAUCCAAGCAUUCCCGUACAACAGCCCGCCGCCACGAUGGAUGCCCGAUGCCUUGACUACACUGAGUAUUCGGGCUGCGAACGACCCAGGAAUUGUGGGAUCAAGUGUCAAGUCAAUUAUCAGCGAGUUUAAGAAGACAAGACAAGAUACCUGGCACAUUGACGCAAAGGCAUUCACAUCGGAUCAGCUUGAGGAUCUUUCUGGAGUUCUCUGGAAGAGUUACUUUGCCUAAGCUAGCUUGUCUGCUGAAUUUGGGUUUGGGAUGGAUGGUGUGGUACUUUGAUGGUUUGGUUUUUGGUGAGGCUUUUUGUUCUAGUUGUGCAUGGAUAUUGAGGGGAAAAGUCUUUGCAUCAUUGCAUGAACUUGAUACACCUAGUUGUAUAGUGUACUUUAUAAUUGAAUUCUAUUUACCAUCAAAAAGUACCAUUUCAGAACAAUAUUUAAAUAACAUUGUCUUGAAG